AAAGUUGGGAAACUAGGGCAGGGCUGUGACAGACGUGGGAGGAGGGAAAUUCCACCGAAAAGUCAGAUUGUGACGACAGCUUCCAGGAAACUUGGACCGGGCCGAGGGGAGUUAUAAAAGCAGGACCCUCGGCUCAUGAAACUCAGAAUCCUUCAGAAGAACCACAAGUCUUCUUGCUGCUCUUCAUCUAUAUAAGAAAUCGAUAUUGUGCGUUGGAUUAUCGCAGAACAGCAAAUUUAAGAUGUCUUCUUCAUGCUUCUUUCUGUGCACAGUGCUGUGCAUGUGGAGCGGUGUGACGUGCUGGUCUUACUUCUACUCAAACACCACCAUGGACUGGGAGACGGCUCGGGCCUGGUGCAAGGAACACUACACAGACAUGGUGGCCAUCCAGAACCAGGAGGAGAUUGGGCACCUGAACAGCUGGCUGCCCAGGAAAGACAAAUACUACUGGAUCGGGAUCCGCAAGGUCAAGAACGUCUGGACCUGGGUCGGGACGAACAAGUCUCUGACAGCAGAAGCCACCAACUGGGCAAAAGGCGAACCCAACAAUGGGAAGAAUAAACGCUACGUGGGCAAAUCRGAGGACUGCGUUGAGAUGUACAUAAAACGGAAAGAACAGGCAGGAAAGUGGAACGACGAGUGGUGCAAGAAUGCAAAGACGGCUUUGUGCUACUCAGCUGCCUGUAAGAAUGACUCGUGCCUUCAUGGAGAAUGUGUGGAAACCAUCAAUAGCCACAGGUGUGAGUGCCUGCCGGGGUUUUAUGGAGAUAAGUGCCAYCAUGUUGUUAAAUGUAUCGAAGAGGAGGUGAUCGCCCCACAGAACGGAAGAGUGGAUUGUACUCAUAAGUUCGGAGAGUUUGCCUACAACUCCUCGUGUCUGCAUUUCUGCGAGGAAGGAUACCAGCUGAGCACAGCAGGGCCUCAGAGAUGCAACGAGGAAGGACGAUGGACUGAAGCGUCUCCUGCAUGUGAAUUGGUUCAAUGUAAGCAGCUGGUUUCACCUUCAAGUGGCUCCAUGAAGUGCUCGGACCCCCUGGGACCCUCCAGCUAUCAGUCCACCUGCACGUUCACCUGUGACGACGGAUACGAACUGGGCGAACCCUCGUCGGACAUCUUGCUUUGCGAAUCUUCGGGAAACUGGAAUGCCUCACAGCCGUCGUGCGUCGCUGUCCAGUGUCCCGCUCUCCUGGAUUUGGAGGARGGCUUCGUUAGGUGCGAGGACGAAACAGAAGCGAGGUUCAGCUACAAGACGAGCUGCGGCUUCAGCUGCGACGCCGGCUACCAGCUGGUGGGGCCGAGCAGGGUCACCUGCACAGCUGCAGCUGAGUGGAGCGAGAACAUGCCUCGCUGUACAGCUGUCACUUGCCACAAACCUGAAACAGAAGCGCAUAUGGUUAUCCAGUGCAGUGGAUCAGAACUGCGACCCAACUCCACCUGCAGCUUCAGCUGUGAGCCAGGCUUUGAGCUGCAGGGAGCGAACAGCGUUACGUGUUCUGAGGAUGGAAGGUGGAGCGAGGCCAGACCCWCCUGCAAAGCUGUCCAGUGUCCAGCUCUCCAGCAGCUAGAUCAUGGCGUGCUCAGCUGCGAGGACAACACCGAAACGAGGUUCAGUUUUGGAAGAACCUGCAGCUUCAGCUGUGUGUCUGGUUACCGACUGGUGGGACGGAGCAGGGUCUCCUGCACAGCAGCAGCUGAGUGGAGCGAGCAGAUACCUCACUGUGAAGCCAUCAUUUGCAAGUUUCCAGAAGCAGGAGGUCGGGUCAUCACAGAGUGCAGCCAACCUGUGACUGAACUGGGGCUGGAUUCUACCUGCAGCUUCAGCUGUGAGCUGGGCUUUGAACUGCAGGGAGCAAACACCAGCACGUGCACUGAGAGCGGACUCUGGAGUGAAGCCACACCUACCUGCACAGCUGUUAGGUGCCCACUCCUCGAAGCGCCUGAACACGGUCAGAUGAACUGCUCCAGCCUCGAGCCAGUUUUCAGUUCCCAGUGCUCCUUCACAUGUGAUCAAGAGUACUCCUUAAAGGGGCAUCAGUGGCUCAGCUGUGACCACCAUGGCAACUGGUCUGGAGAAAACCCCACCUGUCGAGCUGUUUUCUCUUCUGCCACCAUCGUUACCACGAGUGCGGCAGCAGGUGGCGCUGCGCUGGUUUCUGGUCUGUCUCUGCUCAUGUGGAUCCUGAAACGACUGAGGCAAAAAGCAUCCAAGUUUGACCUGAACAGCAACUCUGACAUAGACAUUCCCCCACAAGUCUACAAAAACAGCAUCGACAGCCUCAUUUAAACAGAACGAUGCAUCAAAUGCYUAAUGUUUAAUUUAUUAUGGUUGUAAAGUGUUUAUGUAAAACAUAAAAAAUGGUGCAAACUGUUUUGUAAAAAUGUUAGUUUGUGUGUUUACUCUCAGUGGGAGUUUAGUUUUGAACAUAUUGUUCAGAAUUUAAAGGUGCUUGAAAAGCAGCUCUUAUUGUCUAAUUGUGAAUGUUAGAGAUUAUUGACCUUUAUGUGACUGGAUUAAUGUGAAUUUUUUUAUGAUAUUAAUAACAAUAUUUAUGUUGUAUUUAUGUUUYUGAUUUAACUCUGAUUCAUUUGUUCAACACAAUGAGUUUAUUGUAAUAUGUGCAUCUCUGAAUAUUUAAUACUAAUAAACUUUGAUCAUGUUAAAA